AUGACAUCAAAACGCUAUAUCAAGAAACCAGUGCCGCCUAAAUUUGAUUCAGAAGAUGAAGAUAUUUCAUUGGAUGCUAGUCAACGUUCCGAUGAUAGUUUUUCACAAUUUGAGUCAAUUGGUGAUAAUUCUGUUGCUAUCGAGCCAAUAAUGGCACGAUUAAGUACAAUUAGUAAUAGUCAGACAUCAUCGCAAAAUUCUGUUGAUAUUCCAAUAACAACACCGAUUUCAUCACGACGUACCAGUUUUAAACAUCCUCAAUCCGAUCAAACACCACUGACAGUUUCCAAAAAAGAACCAUCAUACACGGUUAGAUAUGCGACAACGACAACACCAGGCAUUAAAACCACUCCACCAUCUUCCACUAAUAAACGAAAACGAUCAGAUCAAGAAAUUGUUAUUAUAUCGUCAUCACCACGAGAACAAGAAAACCAACAACAACAUCAACAUGAUAUCGAUUUGUCGUCUAUUUCAAUCAAAACACCUGAUCAAUCACCAUUUUCAAGACGUAAACAUUUACAAUUAGUUCAGGAAACAUCUUUUCGUUCUCCAAAAUGUUUAAGACGUAGUCGUUUACAUGAGACAACAACCACAUCAAUUGGAACAAACGAAAGUGAAAAAUCUAGUAGAGGUGAUUUUACAAAUAUAAAUCCAUUUAGUCCGGAAUCAUGUUUAGCGAAACGUUUUAAAAUCGAAUGUCACCCAUCACCACGCUAUGAAACACGUUUAGCUGUUAAACGAGCAGCAGCAUUAAAUAAUAGUUUUCAAAAACAGCAAGAACCACAAUCGCAACUAUUAAUGCUACGUGAAUUAGCUAUAAGACGUUAUGAUGAAGAGUUUCGUGAAGAAUAUUUAAUUGGAAGUGGUGAGUUUAGUCAUGUUUAUUUAGUAACAAAUCGUUUAGACGGUUUAAAUUAUGCUAUUAAAACAUCGAAACAUAGCAUUAUUGGUACAUCCUAUGAAAAAUUAGCAUGGCGAGAAGCAUGUGCACAUGCUGCAUUAAUCUCUCAUGAAAAUAUUGUACGUUAUUAUUCGGCAUGGAGUCAAGACAGCAAAUUUUAUGUACAGUUAGAACAUUGUAAUGGUGGUACAUUAGAUGAUAUUAUACAAAAAAAUCGUUUACAUAAUACAAAUAGUGAAUCACGUACAUUAAAUGAACACGUGUUAAAACAAAUUUUACAUCAGAUGGCUGAUGCUUUAUCCUAUAUGCAUUCGAAAGACAUCGCACAUUUAGAUGUUAAACCAGCUAAUAUCAUGUUAUGUUUCAAAGGCAAAGGGAUAUCGUCAUCUGAACAAUUGGAAAAUAUGAUGGAUGAACAAGACAGUGUUAUUUAUAAAUUAACUGAUCUUGGCCAUGUUUGCUCAAUCAGUAAAUGUACAGUCGAAGAAGAUGGUGAUAGUCGUUAUUUAGCGUUAGAAGUAUUGCAAAAACAAAAUUUAACAAAUUUAGCUAAAUGUGAUAUAUUUUCUCUUGGUCUAACAUUAUACGUUUGCGGUACAAAUAAAGAAUUGCCAAUGAAUGGAAAUGAAUGGCAACAAUUGAGAUUGAAUAUUAAUCACCACUUAACAAUAAUCCAAUCGUGUUCACAAGAAUUCAAUGAUUUAUUGUUAAAUCGAAUGUGUAAUGUUGAUCCGCUUGAGAGACCAACAGCAUAUGAUUUGUUAAUCAAUCCUGUGGCUUCACCGAGUAAUCCGUCAUGUCGCGAAACACUGAGACACAGUUUAAAACGUGAAAGACUAAAAAAUUCAUUACUGAAUAAAAAAUUAUUGGAACAUUACAUUCUAACAACGUCAACAGAUAGUAAUAACAAUGAUGGCAGUUGUGUUCAAUACAGCAACAGCAACAAUGCAAGUACUCAUUUGUUUUUAUCACCAAGUCAGUCAUCCUCAACAAAUAUUCAACAUUAUGCCUCCACACCAAAUGAUUUAUCGUCAUCAACUUCCACGAGUGGCCGUUUGAAUAUAAAUACAAGUUUCGGUUUUAUCAAUCCAAAUCAUUUUCAUUUAAAUAAUUCGUUAACAUCACCAAUGAACGGUGUUCAACGAGGUUGUUCUUCAUUGAAAAACAAUAAUAAAUGUGCUGUUAUGGCCAGACAUUAUAGCUCAAUUAUUUAA